AUGGAGAAGAUACUUGGUCUAAAAGGCAAUAACUACCUUUUGGUAAGAGGUAAAUUGGGAAGGAGUAGGCCCCCAACAAUGCAUCUCCCUGGAGGCAAUCAUGCCUAUGGAAUGGCUAAUAAAUAUGAUAAAGAUGCUAUUAAGAAAUUGACUAAUUCUUGGACAAAUCAUAUACAUUCAGAGGAGAAGCUGCCAAAUAUCGACUACAUCAGGUUGAAUAAAGUAGGAUGUAAAUAAGAAGAUCAUAAAUCCCAGGGACUUAUCUCUCCUUAGAAAACAGCAAGAGCCUCCCAGACAAGCUGUUAGAAGAGGUAGAAAGAAGGAUUAUUUAAAAUUUCAAGCUGACAUGACUAUUUCUUACGGGAAACCUGUUGAUUAUCACAACUCAAUGAAACAAUUAAUGUCAGGUGAGUAUGGCUCAAAAGCUGAAAGAGAGACUAUAUCUAAGUAUGAGUUUCACAGUCAGCAGAAAUCAAAGAGCCGGUACAAGAAAGCAAUUCAGAUGACAAAGGCAUCUAGCAUCUUGGCUAAAUACAAAGACGAGAUGAAUAAUCUGAACUCUUUGGAAAAUUUCAAGCUUAAGAAAUACAAAGACGUCAAGUCCAAGGUCAGAGAGGUUAUCGACCAGCAGAUCCAAAGGAUGAAUAAUAAAAGAGAAGCAAAUACAAGAAAUACUUAAUGAUAAAAUUCAAGAAUUCAAGCUGCGGUAAAUGCUCAUAAGGAGACUGAGCUGGAAAAUUCCUUAACCAAAGAAGGCAAAUUUAACACUUUAAGGAUCGUAAAUAUAAAAAGAUUUAUGC